UGGGUUGUGAGCGCUGGGAAUGAGGAGCUGUGGGCCCAGCCCGUCUUGGAGAUGCCGAAGAGACGCGACAUCCUGGCUAUCGUGCUGAUAGUUCUUCCCUGGACGCUGCUGAUCACCGUCUGGCACCAGAGCACGAUAGCUCCGCUGCUCGCAGUGCACAAGGACGAUGGUGGAGAUUCCCGUCGCGACUUCUCCCAAGGCUCUGACUCCAAGGAGUACUGUCUCUCUGACCGGGAUAUUGUGGAGGUGGUUAGGACAGAGUACGUCUACACACGCCCACCUCCCUGGUCAGAUGCCUUGCCCACCAUCCAUGUCGUCACGCCCACCUACAGCCGGCCUGUCCAGAAGGCAGAGUUGACGCGGCUCGCCAACACUUUUUUGCACGUCCCCAACUUGCACUGGAUCUUGGUGGAGGACUCCCAGCGACGGACCCCUCUCGUCACCCGCCUCUUGAGGGACACGGGGCUGAACUACACGCACCUCAACGUGGAGACUCCUCGCAACUAUAAGCUGAGGGGGGACAUGAGGGACCCGCGGAUCCCCCGCGGGACAAUGCAAAGGAACCUGGCCCUGCGGUGGCUGAGAGAGACCUUUAAUAGAAACAACAGCCAGCCUGGGAUUGUUUACUUUGCAGAUGACGAUAACACCUACAGCCUGGAACUAUUUGAGGAGAUGCGGAGCACCAGGAAAGUGUCGGUGUGGCCGGUGGCCUUUGUGGGGGGCUUGCGCUACGAGUCGCCCAAAGUCAACGCCGCCGGGAAGGUGUACGGCUGGAAGACCGUCUUCGACCCUCACCGGCCCUUCGCCAUCGACAUGGCGGGCUUCGCUGUCAAUCUCAGGCUCAUCCUCCAGAGACCUCAGGCCUACUUCAAGCUGCGGGGGGUGAAGGGCGGCUACCAGGAGAGCAGCCUUCUCCGGGAGCUGGUGACCCUGAACGACCUUGAGCCCAAAGCUGCCAAUUGCACUAAGAUUCUCGUCUGGCACACGAGGACGGAGAAACCGGUACUGGUGAAUGAGGGGAAGAAAGGCUUCACAGAUCCCAAUGUGGAAAUAUGA